CCGCCAGCCUCCUCCUAGUCAUCAGCCUGGUCUCCCCCAUGACAAUGUCUUCCAUGAAGAUUGAGUGUGUUUUGCGGGAGAACUGCCGCUGUGGUGAGUCUCCAGUGUGGGAGGAGGCGUCCAACUCUCUGCUCUUCGUAGAUAUUCCUGCCAAAAAGGUUUGCCGGUGGGAUUCUCUCAGCAAGCAAGUGCAGCGAAUGACCAUGGAUGCCCCUGUCAGCUCUGUGGCCCUUCGCCAGUCGGGAGGCUAUGUUGCCACAGUUGGAACAAAGUUCUGUGCUUUGAACUGGGAAGAUCAGUCAGCAGUUGUCUUGGCCACAGUAGAUAAAGAGAAGAAAAACAAUCGAUUCAAUGAUGGGAAGGUGGAUCCUGCUGGGAGAUACUUUGCCGGUACCAUGGCUGAGGAAACAGCUCCGGCAGUUUUGGAGCGCCGCCAAGGGUCCCUGUACUCCCUCUUUCCUGACCACCAUGUGGAAAAGUACUUUGACCAGGUGGACAUCUCCAACGGUUUGGAUUGGUCUAUGGACCACAAAAUCUUCUAUUACAUAGAUAGCCUGUCCUACUCCGUGGAUGCCUUUGACUAUGACCUGCAGACGGGAAAGAUUUCCAACCGCAGAAGUGUUUACAAGCUGGAGAAGGAAGAACAAAUCCCAGAUGGAAUGUGUAUUGAUGUUGAGGGGAAGCUCUGGGUGGCCUGUUACAAUGGAGGAAGAGUGAUCCGUUUGGAUCCUGAGACAGGGAAAAGACUCCAAACUGUGAAGUUGCCUGUUGAUAAAACAACCUCAUGCUGCUUCGGAGGGAAGGAUUACUCUGAAAUGUACGUGACCUGUGCCCGGGAUGGGUUGGACUCCAAGGGUCUUCUGCAGCAACCUGAGGCUGGUGGAAUUUUCAAGAUAACUGGCCUAGGAGUCAAAGGAAUUCCUCCCUAUCCUUACACAGGAUGAGUGACAUCCUCUUCCUAGUGGAGGAGACGUAGAGGACAAUUAGAAAAUUCUGGAGCUGAAAUUUCCAUCUAGUUACCAAAAACGAAGCAAUGACAUUAACAGGAUUAAAUUUUUAUUUACAAUUUUU